GAAAUAUUCAUAAAAGAUAUAAUAAAAGUGUAAUAUUUAAAAAUUAUGAAGAGUUCUAUUUAGGGUCUUAAUAUAGCUGGUUUUUGUGAGUUGGAUAAAUAGAAUUAUAAUGCUAAAAAUAUUUUGAUCAAUUUAAAUAAAUGCUAGGUUUAAGAAGCAAGCAAGAUAGAAGGUUGCUAACUGAAAAAUAUACAACUUCAGAGUAAUCUAAGUACUAAUUAAGAUAAUAAUUAUUCUAAGAGGUUUCAAAUACCAAGUGAUGACACUUUGAAGUAGUAUGUACAUAGAAAGGUUAGGUAAGAAUUGUCUUAUCUACUUAAUUCCUGCGAAUAGACUCAAUCAAAUAAAGCUGGAUAGAAGAAGUAAUAAGAACUUCAUAGCGAUUUAUAUGGUGAUAAAUAUUUCAAAAAUUAGUAGAGAGAUUAUGCUGAAUAAAAUGAAGGAGUGAGAGUUAAGGCAAUAACAGAUUUUUAAAUUUAAAGUCCCAGCUUAGAAAAAUAUGGGCAAAAUAGCGGUGUUUGUUUAACUGAAGUGAACCUAAGCAGCUAAGUGUACACAAAGUAUUAAAAAAAUAAACAAAAGUACUUUUAAUUGCAAAAAUCUUAAUAAUCACCACUACUCAUUCCUUGUAAUAAUCCUACUUUUGAAAAUAGGUAAAGCUUUUAAAAAGCAGAAAAUUAGAGGUAUGAAGAAAUUAAAAAAGUCUAAUAAUAAAAUUUAGCUAGUAUUAGCUAGUUCAAUAAUUAAGAAAUGAACUUUUAAUAAAUUUAAAGCUAAUCUUUUGUAUAAGAGAAGCCAUUCUUGGUAAAGAGUCGUCUUAGAUAAUACUCAUAAGCCUCUCCUAUGAGUUGGGAUGAAUUUUAUUAAAACGACUAAUAAGAUUUGAAUUUUUAUAAUUAAAGUUAAUAUGACUUAUAAAGAAGUCAAAUGAAAACAAGAAUUUCACCAAGAAAAAAAAUCAAUUAAGAUAAAAUAUAAAACGAUAGCGUCCUUUUAGAUUCAAAAGAAGACACCUGCUUAACUAAACAAAGGCUUCCUUGCAAUAAAGUAAAAAGAGGGUUUUCAGUAGAUUAAGCAUAAUAAAAAUCUUCAGACAUGAUAAAUGCAUCUUAUUUACUAAAUUGCAGAAGCAACUUAAUAUCCUAUUCUACAGAUCUUCCUUCUGAUUCGAAUGACAACAACUCAUCUAUUGACCAAAAUAAUUAAUCUAAAUGUUAAAAGGAAAUAGUAAAAAGAGAUUUAAAUUUCAUAAAUUAAGAUAUGACUGAUUAUCCACAAAAACUUGAAGCUAAUGAUUUGAUUUUAUCUAAAAGUAUGGUUAAUUAAAGCUCAAAGUCUCCAAAUUCUAAAAGUUAAUUACAAAAUUAAUAAUAAAAAAUAAACUAAAGUUAUAUUUUUAAAGAUAAUUCAUUCAAUCUCCUCGAUAAAUAAUAAAGCAAUAAGAUUAAUAACUUAUUUACAAAUAAAUAAAGUUAAUAUUUAGGAGAUCAAGUCUCUUUUCCAUCUUUAAAUAACAAUUAAAUGAUGAUUAAAUAUUAACCUUCAAUGUUAGCUAAUUUUAAAAAAAAAUUUAAUUAUUAGUUAUAUAAAAAUAAAGUUUUAGAGUAGAGAAACUAGAAGUGGGAAAAUAAUAAGUUAAGAAGUAAUUCUUUAAUAUAUUUCGAUGAAAAUCAAAGUAUGUAAAAGUAAUCAUAUUCUAAUUAGCCUCCAUCAAAAAAUUUGGAAAAUUUAAUUAACCGUGAAAGUAAACUUGUCUAAAAUUAAUAAUAAUAAACUUGUAGCUAUAAAAAUAAAAACGACAUAAAUAAUUUUUAUUGUAAUCUUGGCGAUAUAAUAAUAGAGAAAAAAAAUAGCCCUAAAAAGAGUAACAACAUACAAUAUGAUAAUAUUAAAACAAUAGAUGAGGAAGAAACACUAAUAAAUAGCCUAGAUAAAAGCUAGAGUUAAUUCAAUUAACUGAGAAAGUACUACUAUAAAAAAUACUCAAACAUUUAUAUUUGA